GGUAUGAUCGAUUUUGCCUUGGUAGGCUUAAUCGAGUUACUUUAUUCCUCUUGGGAUGCGAGGUAACCAAGACGAAAACCCUUUCCUGCUUCAAAUGUUCCCUUCCUCGUGGCAUUUCUAAGCUUAUAUGGUGUACUAUGGAUAGCGACCAGCUACGGUACUGUAGGUAAGACACACCUGCAUUUGGUACCUAUUUCUAGAUCGUGCAUACAAGCAGAAGCACUUGAGCAAGUCUCAGCCUUGUUGUGUAACACCCUAUUUGUGUAUGUGUGCCAUUGUGUGGUGCCCUUUGAAGGCUGCAUACCUCCCUACCUCCCUACAUGUACCUACCUUACCUAUACUACCUAUACUACCUAUACCUUGUCUUCGCAUCUCUAUUUUUUAUUUCUCUUAAGAGACCUCCGUCUCAUCUAUGAUUCAUCCUUCUUCUCCUUUCUCGAUCUUGAUGCCAGUUUGAGUUGAAGUUUAUUACUUUCCCUUUUCCUUUUACUUCUUUCAAUUUAGCUACCUAGGUACACUGUCAGCUAUGUAAUGAGCCAUGGCUCGUUCAGUAUCCAAAGCCAGCUUCCUAUGUCUUCCACCAGCCACGGCCGUUCUGGUCCUCAGUGUCGUGCUUGGGUUAACCAAUGGUCAUGUGUUGCCGAGGGAGACAAAGACCUUGGAUUUACAUGAGUUGAACGUUGUGCCUUUUCCUCGGCCGACAGAAGCGCCAGUCUUACUUUCUGGGUUAUUUCCAAGGCAGGGACAAAAUACGGUAUGCGGCUUUAUCGGGGGAGAUCCAAACCUUCCUGCGACAUGCUCGACAGGGUCCCAUUGUGUAUUAGAACAGGACCACGGAGUAGUGGGUUGCUGUCCCGAUGGCGGGGCUUGUUCGACAGGUAUAUUUACCGGUUGUGUCGACUGGGCCAGUGAACCACAGACUGAAAUUAACCCUUAUGUCUUUACCUGUCAAGGGUCAAACGUAUGCUAUCGGAAUGAGUUUGCUGGCGGAUACUACCAAUUUGGCUGUGGAACCGCAUCAUCUCUAGGUACUACUGUCGAAACAUCUGUCGAUGGCAUGACCAGCUUGGUGUUUGAAGAGACAUCGGUGUCCUUGACGGCGUUGCCGGCCCCCCUAACUGAGCCCACCUCAAUUGGGUCCCAGCCUCAGACUACGACGACAAGUGAUCCUGAUGGAACCUCUUCUAGUGUACCUGAUACUACUCCCACAUCGGCAUCAUCUGUUGACACACCUUCAUCACCCACCUCCGUGAACUCACCCUCGAACUCGGACCCAGACCCUUCACCAACUUCCUUCUCAUCGCCUACAUCGCUCACGUCGCCUUUACCUUCGUCGUCAUCUUCGUCUUCAUCCUCAUCCUCAUCUUCAUCUUCUACAUCUACACGAUCAACUUCCAUAACGUCUAACAUACCAGACCCCACGACCGGAUCUCUAGAUGACCCACCAGUGGAAACAGUCACCAGUUCCGCCACACCUACAGCAACGACAGGUACCAGCACCAACAAGGCCGCCAUUAUCGGCGGGUCUAUUAGCGGAGCAGCGGUCCUCGUGGCAGUACUAGUUGCCGUGGCGUUUUGGUGCAUUCGCAGGCGGCGAGGUAAUGAUCGCCACGGUCCAGGGCCCUUACCAACCACCGCACCCCCUAGAACGGAAUAUAUCAGCCCAAUGCGAUCACAUGGCGCAGCAUUCGCACCUCUCCCCUCUUGGCAAGAUGACGACGACGACAGGCGGCCGCUAAAUCAAUACAACAGCAGCAGCGGCAAUAAUCAACAACCCUAUUUCCCGCCCCAAGAUCGUUGGCAAUCAGCGCCGGGAAUGGCACCAGUAAGGGCACCAGCGGCGGUCCGCGGGCUCUCCCAACCGCUACGAUAUCACCCCGGGCCGGGGCUCUCCGUGCCUUUAGGGAUAGGCACCGGCUUAGAGCCCGUGGCCGAAGAGCAGCACGAACAUGAAAACGACGAGCACGAACAACGCUCUGAGCAGCAUAUGCAACCCACGCCGGAACCCAGCGCAUCCGAAAUCGACGACUUCUCCCGCGCGUACGCGAACGCCGGGAUCGGCACGCGGGAUAUCGACGAUGACAUGCAACCCUUGACCGCACACCAUCAUCACCACAACCACCUUUCCGACGACAGCCAGCCGGGAUCAUCGGGGUCCACCUCGCCCGGGGAAAGCCCGAGUCGCAGCCCGUCGACGGGGCCUGGCAACCGCCCGCUGUGGCAGCAGAAUCGGCAGCAGGGGCGGAAUCUGAUGUGGGUGUGAUUAUGACAAUGACGAUGACGAUGAUUGGGCAGGGUGUCGUUUACGCACCUACCUAAGUGCCAAACUGCCUACUUAUCUAUACAUCGGCCUACCUUCAUAUCUACCUUCAAACAUACCUACUUAACUUAAUAACAGUAUACAUAAUGUCUCUUCUUCAGUUCAUUUUUCUUUGUUUACUUAUUCGACUAUUCUCAUCUAAUCGAGGCUGUGGGGACGAUUUCUUUUCAUUUCCAUAUACAUAUAAAAGUAUGGUGUGGUGGGUGGGAGGUAUCUGUGGUGAAACGGGUUCAUUUAUAAGUAGCCCAGGCGUUUUUUUUGAAGCAUGAAUGAUUUACGUAUGGCUGCAUUACACAACCUACCUACCUACUUGGGUUGAUAGAUGAGAUGGAGAGGCGGUUUCACGGUCGGUGGGCUGGCUGAUGGGGCGUUUUUUUUUCUUUCAGGUGUUUUGGUGAUUGAGAAGGGUAGGCGUUUGGGGGGUUUGAUUUCAUGUGUGUUGGUGUGUUGAGGGACGGGAUUAGAGGAUGGUAAGGUGCCUAGGUUAGGUACCUAGGUAGUUAGGUAAAGGGGCACAUCGGUACUAGAUGCUGUAUAUACAUACAUACAUACCGCCAUGGCUCCUUCAAGUUACAGACUUGGCUACUUCAAAAAAAUAUACUUACCUAUCAGACUACCUAUCACCUAUCAAACUAGCUAUUCAGCAGUGUUCAUGGCUUGAUUGAGUUGUAGGUAGUGCAUCGUGAGAUUAGG